CAGUUGUUUUUGUGCAACUACUUUGUGCAUAUUCAAUUUUCAAUAAAUUGUAAUUGUAAUUGUAAUUGUAAUUUUAUUGCAUACGGUAUUCUGUUGGUUUACACCUAGUAUCAGGACAAAAAAUAAAUAAAAUACAGAUCAGUAAUACUCAUUUUCAAACCACAACCAUUAUGGGAAAAGUUUUGUCAAUAGUUGUUCGACAAGCAAACCUAUACAAUGUUGAAAACCGCGCUCAAAAAGUCAUAUCGCAAGCUAAACCUCAACCUGCGCCUACAUUCGAAUCGAAUCUAAAGGAUCUGGACAGAGUACUGAAAAAACAUCCCGAUCUGAUACAAGAGCUCAAUGUGAAGAACAAGGCGCUAGACGAUAAACUAAAAGUUGUGUUUGUUACUUCAACGGAUUCGGAACACGAGCCACUUCGGGCACAAGAUACCGAGAAAGCACUACCGUCGGAUCGAACAACUACAGACGACUUUGAAUUUGGGCAUCUAGAACCUUUAAAAGUCGCAAAAGGUCAUUGCACGUUACGUCAAGCAAUAAAAUUCAUUUCAGAUCAUCAUAGCUCAGAAGCCGAAUGGACAACAAGCAAGAUAGCAAAGGAAUAUAACAUUAAGGAAUCGGUAAUUCGCAACAUUUUGAGCUACUUCAAAACUUUUGAACUACACGUGCCCGAUGAAAAACUUGAAAAACGAAAAUUGUUAUUAAAAAUACCUAAUAAAACUGAUUCAAUAAAGUGAAAA